AUGGAUUCCAUUAAAACGGAAGAAUGUAUUGCCAUUGAUUUUGGUACAUCAAAUACAGCAGUGUAUACAUAUAAAAAUGGGAAGUAUCUCAAUCCUGUUUACACUGUUGAGAAUUAUUAUUGCAUUCCCUCCGUUGCUGUAGUUGACAAACAUAGUAUUAUUAUUCCUGACAUAGUAAAUCAAACGCAAGUAAAGAACGGAUUUGUUUAUAACGUCAAACGAAUAUUAGGAAAAGUGGAAUCGCAAUUUGAAGAUAGUGAAAUUGAUGAGAGAAUGUUCAAUAGUCCACUCAAGUUUGAUGAACAUCAAAAUCCGUAUUUUGAAGUAUCAUAUAGAGUUAAGAAGAGUAAGGAAACUCGAAAUGUGUAUCCUAUUGAAGUAGUUACAGAGAUUCUCAAAAGGUGUAAAGAGGAAGCUGAUAAUUUGUUGGACACUAGCCCUGAGUUUCGUGAUUGUGUAAUGACAAUUCCUAACUAUUUCUUUGAUCCCAGUAAGAAAGCUUUAAAAGAAGCAGCAAAACGAGCUGGUUUGAAUGUUUUGUAUUUUUUGAAAGAACCUACUGCUGCUGGAAUUCGUUUCAUUUCAGACUCAAAUGAAAUACGAGAAGGUGAAAUGGUGAUGGUAUUUGAUUUUGGAGGAGGUACCUUGGAUUUAACGUUAAUGGUUCGUAAUGGUAAUGAUUUUGAUGUGAAAGCUCAAGGUGGUGAUCCAAACUUGGGUGGUACCAAAAUCGAUGAAAUCUUUUGUAAAUAUGUAUUACAAAAGUACAAAAAUCAAUAUGGUGAAGAUUUAUUAGGAAAUGACGUUGAUUCAAAGAAAUAUAAGAGAUGUUAUCCUAAACUAUUGGAAUUCUGCCGUCAAGCCAAAGAACAGUUGUCUACUCAAAAUAAAGCUACUAUUUUCAUUUCCGACUUUAUAGAUAAUGACGAUGUAGAAACAAACAAGGAUAUCGAAAUAACUGUCGAAGAAUUCAAUGCCUGUAUACUAGAAGAUGGUGAAAUAAUCAGACGCAUUGAUAGAGCGAUCAAUAAUUUAUUCUUUGAGAAUCACUAUGAUAAAGAGCACAUUUCUUAUGUUAUUUUGAUUGGAGGUUCUUCAAAGAUUCCUCACAUCCAAAACCAUUUGAAGGAUUUGUUUAAAUCAGUCCCCGUGAGUAAUACCAGAGACUAUAAUCCUCACACAACUGUUGUUGAAGGAGCCAUGCGCGUCAAAGUGAACAAUUGGUAUCAUGAAGUCUCCGAAUCACUUGAGUGUUGCUUAGGAUUCAAAGUGAGCGAUGGACAUAGCAAUUCCGAGAUUCGGAUCGAUUUAUAUCCAGGUCUGAGAAUUCCUUUUACUAUAGAAGAUUACUUCAAUUUGAGCGGAAGUGAUAUUGAUGUAUAUCGAUCAUUCAACGGAAAAGAGAGAAUUGAAGGCACGAUAAAGGUCAAAGAAGCACUAGAAGAAUUUGGUCAGCAAAAGAUUAGGGUGAAAAUUACUUGUAACAAAGAUACGAGUAUCGUAUAUUCUGUAUAUUCCGACGAUGACCGAGAAAUUGGUAGAUUGGAAUUAAGUCCGAAAAUAUAAAGAUUCUUGGUUUGGAUGUUGUUAGUAUUGCUUUGUAUUUUUGAAG